AUGGCCGAAUCAACUGAGAUUGACUACACGCUCAACAACCCCGAUACCCUCACCAAGUACAAGGAGGCUGCCAAGAUUUCCCAGGCCGUUCUUGAGACUGUCACGGGAUGGUGCAUCGAGGGUGCCAAGAUCGUUGACAUCUGCGAGCGCGGCGACAAGCUGCUGGAAGAGAAGGUCGCUACCGUCUACAAGGGCAAGAAGAUCCCCAAGGGCAUCGCGCACCCCACUACCGUCUCGCCCUCGUCCUACGUCACGCCUUACACCCCGCUCAAGUCCGACACUGAGGAGGCCGAGCGCACUCUGAAGCCUGGCGAUGUCAUCAAGAUCCAGCUGGGUGCUCAGAUUGACAACCUGGGAACCAUUGUCUGCGACACCAUCAUCAUUCCCUCCCAUGAGCACAAGGACGAUGUCAUCCCCAGCCGCCAGGCCGACCUUCUGCUUGCUACCCACUAUGCAAACGAGCUCCUCCUGAGGCUCAUGUUGCCGCCCGGCAUUCUCGCUUCCGGCACCGAGGAAGAGAAGAAGAAGGCCCAAGCCCAGAGGCCUUACACCCAGGCCCAGAUGACCCAGCUGCUCGAGAAGGUCGUCAAGAGCUACGACUGCAGCCUGGUCGAGAGCACCACCUCGUGGGUCUUCGGCCGGUCAGAGAUCGAGGGCGAGAAGAAGAUCAUCCUCGCUCCGGGCGAGGGUGUCAGAGGUGACGGCACCCCCGAGGUCGGCGAUGUUUGGGGCGUCGAAGUUGGCGUCAGCUUGGGCUCCGGCAAGGUUAAGACUCUGACCGACCGCACCACCCUUCACCGCCGCACCAACACCACCUACGGUCUCAAGCGCCCCAGCUCCAGGGCCACCCUGUCCGAGAUUGUGAAGAAGUUUGGCAACUUCCCCUUCAGCUUGCGCCAGCUUGAGGACGAGCGCGCCGGUAAGGUUGGUAUUGUCGAGUGCGUCCGCGGCGGCGUCGUCCGCGCGUACGAGGUUGUUGGCGACAAGGACAACGAGGCUGUCGCCAGGGUCCUGUCCACCAUCGCUAUCACCAAGAACGGCAUCACCCGUCUGGCGGCGCCCCAGAGCCCCGAUGUUGAGAAGCUGAAGACGGACAAGAAGAUCACCGAUGAGGAGAUCCUUAAGAUCCUCGAGCAGCCCAUUGCAAAGGCCACGACUGCCAAGCCCAAGAACAAGAAGAAGAAGAAGAAGACCGCCAAGAAGGACAGCAAGGAGGAGGAGGAGGGCGAGUCUUCUGCGGAGGAGUAG